AUUACUUCAGGACAAGUGGCGAGGAUGGCCGAGGAGACGCGCGUAGUGAAGCUCGACGGCAAUGGACCAGAAGCAGCGGCCACAGAGAACACCAGUGAUAAAGAGAAGGAAAUAGAAGAAGAGAAAGAACAAAGGACAAAGGAAAAAGAUGCAAAGAAAAUCAAGCAUUCUAAAGUACGGACUUUGCUCCACUUGGCGGUCGAGAGAGAGCAAACAAACACACUAACAGCGCUACUUGAACAGGGCAGCGAGGGUCGACGAGUGCGACCACAACGGCCGCACCGCCCUGCUCUUGGCCGCGGAAAAGGGCGCCUCGGAGAUCGCCAAAGCCCUUCUGACUGCCGGUGCCGAUGUGGCCGCAGGAGAUAACCAAGGCACGCGCGCGGUGCACCUGGCAGCCGCCGCCGGCAGCGUGGAAAUGCUAGCGCUGCUGAAGGCGCAGGAGAGCGACCUCAGCGUCGUCGACCUGCAGGGCCGCUCGCCGCUGCACGUGGCCGCUGAGCGAGGGCAGGUCAGCGCCGCCCAGUGGCUGCUGCGAGAAGGGGCGUCGGUGGAUGCGGCGAGCGGGGACAAACAGACGCCCCUGGACGUGGCGAGGGCGCUCGGACACAAGGACAUCGUUGCUCUCCUGGAGGAGGCGCUGCUGGCGGACGCGAAGGACGUCACGGAUCCAGCUGAAGACGCAGAAGAGAGUCUUCCUCCGACAGACAGCGAGAAGGACACGAAAGCCGCGAAGAUAAUGAUGCUGGUUGGAGAUGAGUUGGAUGCUGCAGAUCUGUGUCCUCUCCACCAGUGCGUCUUGGCCGGUGACGCCGAUGCGGUCCAAGAGCUGAUCGACGGAGGGACAGAUAUCCAUGAAAAGGGACCUGGAGGUCGCUUCGCUGUUCACAUUGCUGCCGAGAAAGGUCACUUAGACGUCUUACAGGUACUGAUCGAGGCAGGCUGCGAGAUAACUAUGGGGGACGGCAAAGGCCGGCAGCCGAUCCACCUGGCGGCUCUCGGGGGUCACGCAGCCCUCCUGAAGGUGCUGAUCGACAAUUCGGCUUCUCUGCAAAACUACGACAGGAAAGGCAUGCGAGCGAUCCACUACGCGGCCGCCGGCGGGAGCGAAGUCACCCUCGACCUCCUGCUGGGCUUCAAGUGCGACCUCGACCUCGUGGACGCAUCGAGCCGCACGCCGCUGCACCUCGCCGUUCUGGAGGGCCAGUGCGGCGCCGUCGAGUGGCUCCUGACGAAGGGGGCGACGGCGAGCAAGAGGGACAUCAGGAACCAGAGUCCGCUUGACGUGGCGAGAGCUCUUGGGCGCCGGGAGAUCGAGGAGCUGCUCGAGCGCCGGAGCAGGAGGGCGCCGCGCCUGCAAAUCGCAGAUGAACGUGACAAGAAUAAAAAGAAAGAGAAAGUACACAGGCGAAAGGACUCAGGAACAUCUGAUUUGAAUUCACAGAUCCUUCUGACGUCACGCGAGGGCGACGCAAAGGGGGUGAAGAGGCUGGCGGAUGCUGGAGCCCAUUUGGAGGCGAUAAGCUCACUUCCUACUGAAAAAGGACUUCGCCCUGUCCAUCUGGCUUCUCGGUCUGGCCACAGCUCCACCCUCCAGGCUUUGGUCAGCGCUGGUGCAGACCCUCACUCGAAGGGACCAGAUGGAUUCCGCGCCGUUCACUACGCAUCGAAGGGCGGCCACGUCGAGGUGCUGAAGGUCCUGCAGGCGCUGAAGGUCGACCUGAGGGCCCUGACGGACGCCGGGGAGACGGCCCUCCACGUGGCGGCCGCCUGCGGCAACUUGGCCGCCGUCAAGUGGCUGGCGGAGCAGGCGGGUUUCCGCGACGCUGCGCUCCUGGCGGGAGAAGGCUCCGCGCUGCAGGCGGCGAGAGAGGCUCGAAAAAAGGAUAUUGUAAAAUAUCUAGUGCAUUUCCAGUUGGUUCAUGCUCUGCUCGCGGGAGAUGACAAGGCGCUCGACCAGAUGUCAAAAGACGGUAUUAAUCUUGAUCCCGACUAUAUAUACAACAAGGAACAUGGCUUCCGGUCCGUCCACUACGCUGCCAAGGGCGGUCACCUCAGCGUCCUCAAGUUGCUGAACCGAGCGCAAUGCAAAUUGAAAGCCACGACGCCCGAGGGCCUCACUGCCCUCCACGUCGCCGCCGAAGACGGCCACUUGGCGGCGACCAAGUGGCUGGUUGCCUUCGGCGGCCUGGACGCCGGCCGCGCCUCGAGGGCCGGGCUCACGGCGAUGGACCUGGCCGCGCGGGCGGGGAGCGCGGGCGUGGUCGCCUACUUGCAGGACCACGACGUUUUAAAAGCCUUGUUGGAAGGAGACACCCAGGCAGUCAGAAGAGUGCUACAGACACGCACCGACAUCGACAAACUGUGCAUGGAGAAAAAUAUUAAAGGUUUCCAGGCUGUCCAUUACGCCGCCAAGGGAGGCCAGGUUCCCAUCCUUAAAAUCCUGAAGGAGAACAAGUGCAACCUGAAGGGCGUAACCUAUGGGGGGCUCACGGCCCUGCACUACGCCGUCAGAUACGCCCAACUGGACGUCGUCAAGAGGCUGGUGGAGGAAGGGGAGCUGGACGUCUCCUGCAGGAGCAAGAAGGGAUCCUCCGCCUUGGACUUUGCGAGAGACAGGAAGAAGCAGGAGAUCGCUGCUUAUCUGGGGAGUCUAAAUCAAGGCAAAGAGGGCAGUCGAAGAGCCAGAGGGCGUCCAAAGCUCGAGAAAGAGAAGAAGCCUCUAGUCGUGCAAACCCAGGGAACAGUCACUGACCUGAACUCUGAGAUCCUGACGAUGGCGCAGAAGGGAGACGCGGAGGGUGUGAAGAGGCUGGUGAAGCAAGGCGCAGACCUCGAAGUUCAAAACCCGCGAGCGAGAGAAAGAGGGCUUCGACCCCUCCAUCUCUGUAGUCUGGCGGGUCACACAGCUGCGCUUGAAGCUCUAAUAGAAUGUGGUGCUGACAUCCACUCCACAGGACCACAAGGGCUUUCUGCCGUCCACUACGCAUCCAAGGGCGGCCACGUCGAGGUGUUGAAGGUCCUGCAGCAGCUGGAUGUCGAUCUUACGGUCUUGACGGACGCGAAGGAGACGGCGCUCCACGUAGCGGCCGAUUUUGGUAACUUGGCCGCCGUCAAGUGGCUGGUGGAGCUGGGAGGUUUUAAAAGGAAUUCUCUGUCAAGGGAAGCAGGCUCCGCUUUCGAUUUGGCGUGGAAUUCUGACGAAAAGGCUGUUGUCCAGUACCUGAUGAAUGUCCAGUUGCUAAAUGCCGUGAUUUGUGGUGAUCUUUCCACUGUCAAAGAAUUGAUCGAAGGAGGGAUAGAGAUUGACGAUGUAAAUGUUGUAGGAAGAAGAGAAGGUUUCAGGAUUGUCCACCACGCGGCUGUAUCCGGCGACCUAAAAAUCCUCAAACUCCUGAAGCAGGUAAAGUGCAACAUGAAAGCAGUGACAGAGAAGGGACUGACAGCCCUGCACGUGGCCGCACAUGAGGGCAACGCAGCGGCCGUCCGGUGGCUGGUGGAACGCGGGGGCUUCGCGACCGACGGGUUUAGCGGCGCCGGGGUCAGGCCUGAGCAGCUGGCGCGCCGAGGGGGCCACGAGGAGGUCGUCCGCUACUUGCACGACAUCCUCCUGAUGGCUCGCCAUGGAGACACUGAAGGCGUUAAGGGCCUGGUGAAGGAAAAGACGAGCUUGGAAGUGAUUAGCAGGCUACCUCGUGAGAGGGGAAUGCGGGCCCUUCACCUGGCAGCUUGGUCGGGUCACGUCGGCGUCGUCAGAGAGCUCAUAACGGGAGGAGCCGACUCUCGCGCCAAGGGACCAGGAGGUUUCCGCGCCGUCCACUACGCAUCGAAGGGCGGCCACGUCGAGGUGCUGAAGGUCCUGCAGGCGCUGAAGGUCGACCUGAGGGCCCUGACGGACGCCGGGGAGACGGCCCUCCACGUGGCGGCCUCCUGCGGCAACUUGGCCGCCGUCAAGUGGCUGGCGGAGCAGGCGGGUUUCCGCGACGCUGCGCUCCUGGCGGGAGAAGGCUCCGCGCUGCAGGCGGCGAGAGAGGCUCGAAAAAUGAGCGUCGUUAAAUACCUGGCGAGUGUUCCGCAGGUGACCGGAAAUUAGGCAGAUUAAUAAAAGAGAAGUGACUGAGGGAGGACAGAGGUAUGGCACAGCAGGGAAAUGCAUGGCUGAACAGGAUUUAGAGAUUCUUUAUUAUUACAAAGCAGUCGUUGUUAUGUUUUAGCCCUAAAGAGGGUAGUUACAACAUAGCCUCUGUGUGCUGGGUGGGGAAUGGUAGCGAUCUCGUCUAGCAAUCUCGCUGACCCGCGUUCGAAUCCCUCGCCGCCAGUGGAUGGUAACCCCUGGCCAUUCCUUGCACACAGGGUUAACUUAGAAACAAAAUAAAACAGACACUAUGCCACACCAAGAAUAUCCAUUGUAACAAAUGGGAUCAAAUUAGAUUUAGUUAAUUAAUUAAACUCUCUCUCUCUCUCUCUCUCUCCGUGUCUCUCCCUCUCUCUUUCUCUCUCUCUCUCUGUCUCUCUCUCUCUCUUUGUCUCUCUCUCUCUCUCUGUCUCUG